AAUCUUCAUAGAGCAUAUUUGGAGGUUUAUUCUGCUGUGAAGGAUUUAUUUUUCAUUGUUGGAGCCUUUGCUGAGGAGCUGAAUCACUCCUUUCAUUUAAAGGAAUGAAACUUUGUCAGAAAGGUUUUUUUUUCUGGGGUCAUCAAAGGCCGAAUGAAGCUCAGAUCCUGAUCUUAUUACCUGUUUUCUAGAUCUUGGGGAUUUGCGGAACCUUCCUGAAGCACAUCAUAGCAGCGUAUCACAGUCAUGGCGUGCUGAUGGACACGUCGGUGGAAUAGAGAAGCUUUUCUCUGGAAGCCAGGGACUCUUCUUCUGCUCUCUCCAGGCGUCUCUUCAUCCUCUGUGAACUCAGGAGUUCAGCUGAAACGGACAAAGUUUGUCCUGCAGCUUGUUUCUCCUCCUCUGCUUCGCUCCCCCUCGCUGCGCCCCCUCUUCCUGUCUUCUCCAUCCUCCUGUCAGGCUGGCUGUGUGAUGGUGUGUCCCCUCCUCUCGGCCCUGAAGACAUGCCUGUACAGGAGAUGGCGGUGAGUCCUGUCAAGUCCCUGCAGUGGGAGCAGUUCCCGCCCAUGUCGCAGCGCCGUGUCUACUGCACUCCCGUCUACCACGAGGGCCUGCUCUACGUGCUGGGGGGCUGCAGCGAGACGGGCUUACCCCUGGACAGCGUGGAAGUCCUGGACGUGGAGAGCCAGACGUGGAGCCAGCUGCCCCCGCUCCCCACUGCGCGGGCGGGGGCUUCGGCCGUGGCUCUGGGGGGGCAGGUGAUGGUGCUUGGAGGAAUGAAUCAGCAGCAGACCCCACUGGCCUCUGUGGAAAUGUACCACCCUGAUGAGGGCAAGUGGGAAACCAAGGCCAGCCUGGGUCAGCCCUCCAUGGGAGUCACCACCGUGGUCAGAGAUGGGAAGGUGUAUGCAGUGGGGGGUAUGGGAGUCGACACGACACCUCAGGCUUUUGUAAGAGUCUACGACGCAGAGAAAGAUCAGUGGCAGGCAACCACCGCCAUGCCGACGCCGCGCUACGGAGCUACACCCUUCGUGAUAGGAAACAGAAUCUACAUGAUGGGUGGUCGGCAGGGAAAGAUGCCAGUAACGGCACUGGAGGCUUUCGACCUGGAGAUGAAGAGCUGGACCCGGUUCCCCUGCAUCCCCAGUCGGAGGGCUUUCUCCUGCUGCGCCGGGAAUGAGAGAAGCCUGUUCAGCCUGGGUGGGCUCCAGCAGCCGGGGCCUCACAAUUUCUACUCCCGACCUCACUUUGUGAGCACCAUGGAGGAGUUUGAUCUGGAUCAAGGUGUUUGGAUCAAGCCCAGCCGAACAUCCAGGAUGAGGGAAAAAAGGGCGGAUUUUGUGGCGGGUUGCCUUGGAGGAAGAGUCAUCGUAGCUGGUGGUCUAGGUAAUGAGCCAUCCCCGCUGGGCUCAGUGGAGAGCUACAACCCUGUGAAGCGGCGUUGGGAGUACGUAGCGCCCAUGCCCACUGCGCGAUGCUCUUCUGCUCUGCUGCAGACGGCCAGCAUCCUCUUCGUGAUCGGGGGAGUCGCCCAGGGACCCAGUAACGCUGUGGAGGCCCUCUGCUUACAGGAGACAGUGUGACGCUGGCCUUAAUGCAAACUGGCACCUGUUGUUUCCUUAUGAUGAGCAGAAACUGUAAAACAGGAGUGAGAUCAUAUUCAGAUACUCUCCUUUUGUGACGCUCCACAAUCGAAUCCACUCUCCUACUGGGAUGUCAAAGACUUCUUCAAUACGUGUCCUCAGAGGAAGGUUUUUUUAGAGCUGGACUCUGAUGCAGAUUACUGUGAUUGGCUACAAUAAAAAAAACUGCUAGCAUUUCUACUCCAUCAGAGGGAAGGAAACAACAACCCGACACAAUCCUGGUUUCUGGAGAAACAACACGGCUUGAACUGUUGAGUAUUUUUCAGAAUAAAAGCAGGGUAUUUUUCUGGAUACUAAAGGAACAUAGGGCCAUAUUUAAAACUCUCGGCAGCGGCAGCGGUGCUGCCUUCUGCUGCGGCAGCAACAGCUGGCGACGACUCUUUUCUACAUCCUCAGAAGCAGGUUUAGGUUUGGAUGGUGGCAUUCAGAGAGCGUCUGAUGUUGCUGCUUUGUUCUGUAGGUCUGUUGUCAUUUUAGGUGUGAACCUUAGCGCUGCUAACAACCGCUACAUCAGCAGUGCUGGUCCCUGACAUGCCUUCACACCACAAGCAAGUCAAGGACCUGCCGUCAGGAAAGCCUCCUCUCUCCCCAACAGGAGCCCCUCUUUAGUUCAACCUCAAUCAAGAAGGUGAUUGUGGGUAAACUUGUCAUUUGCUUUGCCUCACAUUUCAGCAUUUCUAAACCACACUGUUCAAUCCCCCCAACGCACACACCACAGUACACAACAGUAGAGUGAAUGUAGAAGUACUUGCUGCACUGAAGCAUCAUGGUAAAUUAGCU